GGCAGACAUUGUAUUUCGAUUUGUAGACGUUCAGGAUUCCUCUUACCAUCAAUACCUCCAAAAUGAUGAAAAUCACAGUCUUCGCCUUAGCUGCGCUGGCCUGCUCGCUAGCUUUACCUCAAGACGGUCAGAACCAGCAAGCGCCUGUCGAAAUUGUGAAGCAAGACUCCGAAGUCGACGUUAAUGGAUAUAAUUUCGACUUCGAGACGAGUGAUGGCACAUCGAGACAAGAGCAAGGCGAAUACAAGAACGACACUGAGCAGCAAGGUCUUUUGGUUAAGGGAAGUUACAAAUAUACAGCACCAGAUGGCCAGCAUAUUUCUGUAUCUUUCGUAGCUGACAAAAAUGGCUACCAACCCACGGAGCACACUGGAGAUGAGCAUCCCGCACAAUCAUAAAAUACCGACGUCAAUGCAAUUCUGACUAGUACAGAUCCAGUACAAAAGUCAUCAGUUUCAAUUAAAAUACUCGUUCUACAUUAUUAAUUCGAAAAACAAGUAUGACAAGCUGCUAAAAAUAAUAUAAAAAAUAUUUUUUGUUUCGUACAAACAAAAGAACUCGUCGCGCUCGUGAUUACUUGCGAAAUAUAUGACAUAGGACUAUACUAAACGGGUGGUAAUUGAAGAGCGUUAUUCCAGCUAAAUUUGUCUAUGAUCAUUUAAUCAUGUCUCAGAACAGAAUUGCACUCAAUACCAAAUCUUAUAUGUAAAACGGCUAUGAGAAUGUAAAGUACCUUUAUAGCAUUAAGUAUUAUACCAUUCUAUCGUGUUCAUGUUAAUAAUAAAUAUACUCUAAGAA